AUGAACUUCACCCCGUUUGGCAACACCUUCCCCGGCAAUAUUCCCGGCCUGCCACAGUUCACGACGAGCACGGCGCCGCUGGUUUCCACAGUAACGGCGGCCGUAACGGAUGUGACUGUAACGGCCACCAAUAAUCCGCAGCAGCAACAGCAGCAGGAUGCUUCCGGUAGCAGCAAUCGGUACCAGCAGCAACAGGUAGCCCAUUUUGGACAGGCCACUAUGACAUCCGGCCAAGGUACCAGUGGCAACAACAAGUUUCGUGGAGUCCAGGAUGAUGCGCUUCAGGGUGACAAGUACAAUGGCCACUUGGUGGCUUCCUCCCAGCAACAGCAGCAGCAGCAACAACAACAGCAGCAACAGCAGACGCAAUAUGCAACUGUUGCAUAUGCAAGUGCAACGGCAACGAGUGCUACAGCGGAUGCCCUGCAGGCAGGAACUUCCGGCCAGCAGCAACAGCAGCAGAUGCAACAACAACAGGUCACUGCCCCACAGGAACUUACCCAAGAUCUGUGCAACGCCAUCCUUCAGCAACAAGUACUCCAGAAUACCUCGUGGCAGACUUUGACGCCAGGAACCACUGUCGCCGACUACCUCUCGCAUCUUCCAGCCAACACGCUGCCCCUGUCUUUGCACCACUUCCUCAAGUAUUCCGCGGAGACGAUCAAGAAAGAGAACCAACAGAAUGUGGUACUGCAGGUGCAGACGGGACCAGCCAUUGGGAUCAACACCCUGGGCACGACAACCAUUAGUAUACCUCAGCAGGAGCAAUUGACGUUGCAGCCCCAGCAGCAGGCAACGUUGCAGGUGCAGACGCAAGCGGCGGUCACGGCGACAGCGACGACGGCGACUACGACAACGACAGGAGGAUCUGGAGGCACUUCCGGCAAGAAAAAGAAGCGCAAAAAGAGGAGCAAGGACCGAAAACCAAAACUUCGACCUGGAGAGAUACGCCUGGGAACAGCACUCGAUGGCAGUCCGCUGUACAUGUGUCCCGAAUGUCAUGUGGCGUAUCCAGAACCAGAACUGCUUGAAGUACACCUGGUGGGUCACAACCUGGAGAAGCGGUACGUGUGCGACAUUUGCCAAGCGUCGCUGAAACGCAAGGAUCACCUAACCCGCCACAAACAGUCGCACAAUCCGGAAAGACCGUACAUCUGCACCGUUUGCCUGAAAGCCUUCAAGCGGAAGGAGCAACUGAGCCUGCAUUUUGUGAUCCAUUCGGGGGAGAAGCGCCACCAAUGCGGAGAAUGUGGCAAGGGCUUCUACCGCAAGGAUCAUCUGCGCAAACACACCCGCUCCCACAUUGCCCGCAGGGUCAAAGCCGAGUUGAAUAGUCAUGUGCGUCGUGAAAAUGGUACCAGUAUGUUGCAACCAGUGGUAACGGAAGCGACUACGGCGGCGCUGCAACAUGCCAACCAACUGGCCACUGCGCAACAACAAUUGCAACAGCAACAGCAGCAGCAGCAGCAGCAACAGCAACAACAGCAGCAGCAGCAGCAACAGCAGCAACAUCACAUUGUGAUCACCCAGCAGCAACAGACAACGCAGCAACAGACUUCGCAGCAGCAGCAGCAACAGCAGCAAAUGAUAAAUUAGCCAAAUGAUUUUUGUAAAGUCAGUUAAAGCAAAAUUCAAUUUAGUCUCAUCUGAGCCCUCAGCAAGGGCUUGGCUGCUCAAAAACAAAACUCUCUCGGUCCACACAAUUUAAUUGACUCUCACAAAUCGGAUAAUACAAACAGGAGGAUGUUAGCUAAUGUCUUCGAGGACUUCCCCAUGGGAACGUCCUCAACGUUGUACAAUUUUAAUCGUAAGUCCACGAUGAUGAUGAUAAUGGGGACCUUCCACAAGCAAAAGCACACUAACUGGGUUAGAACUUUAAGUAUUUGGAUUAAAUGAUUUAGAAUUAGACUAAAAUACAUUUAAAUUUACUUAGUAGUUUAUUUUUGACUCAGUCAAUUCCACUGAUCUCUAAAUCUUAAAGAAAUAAACUUUUUAUUCACUAAAAUUCGGCAUACCAAAAAGUUUGCUUAGUAAGGUUUUUAACCAAGUAUUUAAAAUGUGAUUUUUCAAAAAGAUCUCUCAUGUAGCCUUUACGUUAAUUUUCUCAAUAAUGGCAAUAGUUAAUAUAAAGAAAAGAGUGGUCGGUCCCAGGCCUUUGUCCGCCCUAACAUUCCAUAAUCUAAUUUAAGACAAAUGUGCAAAGGAAUAAUAAUUUUAUACGCAAUGUAUUUUAGUGAAAUGUAUUUUUCUACAAUUAGAAUCAAUGUUGUAUGUCUGUCCAAAUGUACAUACGCCAGUACGAAUACAUGGAUGUACUGUUUACUGGCAGCGAACUAUAUAUAUUUAUAUAAUAUGUAAACAAAUGCAAUUUAGAUUUACACUUAUAUUGUAGGAACGAAUCUAAAAUUGUGAAUGUACGUAUAACUUUUUGCUACACCGAUAAAUCAAC